GAGGUGUUAUGACGCCACUUAUUAAACGAAACACCAUGGUUCCCACUAUGAAAUCUGAGAUAUUCUCUACACACUUUGAUAACCAAUCAAGUGUGCUUAUCCAAGUAUAUGAAGGUGAACGUGCUCGUACAAAAGAUAAUAAUUUGCUUGGCAAGUUCACAUUGAACGGUAUUACACCUGCACCCCGAGGUAUACCUCGAAUUGAAGUUACUUUUGGUAUUGACUCAAAUGAUAUUCUUGACACAACUGGACAAUCUAAUAAGAUCAAUAAGGUCACUAUUACUAAUAACAUAGAUCGAUUGUCUGAAGAAGAAUUCGAACGCAUGAUUGCGGAUGCCGAGAAAUAUCGUGCAGAGGAUGAAAAGGCUGCUCAAAGAAUUCAUGCACGUGAUCGCUUGAAGAUUUAUUCAUACAACUUGCGAAAUACACUUCAA